UGGGCUGGCGUCUGUGGAGGGGCGGAGUUGGGGAUGCUGCUCACAGUGUGGUGUGUGCCGGCCGGUGGUUGGAGCGGCCUUUUGGGGACAGCUGGGCUACCCGCAGUGUUCGGUGUCCUCCAGAUACACCACGGUUGUCAUCUCACAAGACUGAAAUUCUCUCCUUUCGCUAGGAGUGGUGGGAGAGUAGUGGCAGUCAUCACUGUCCUUGUAGUGCAUGGCAACAGGUCAAAACUUAUCAGAAAUGGUCCAGGUGUCUUCCGGACCUCAAACGAGUCUUUGUGGCUGAUUCCGGUUUGCCUCCAGAUCAAGUGGUGUUCGGUUCGUCAUCUUAGGGACCCCUACGGGUGGCAACAGGUCACCUAACCUGUUUUUUAAUAAAUUAAUUAUUCAAACUUAAAUAGUGCAGCAAAGAA